AUGUCCAACCAGCAGGUGGAAGUUUGCGACUCAUCCCAGAUCGACUUUGAGGAGGGCGGCGUUGACCAGCAGACGUUGGAAGAUUUGCGGAAGGGAUGGCGGAAGAAGCUGUCUUCACUUGGGGUUGCCCAUUUCCCCUGGGAUCCAGCGCCCCAACCCGCCCCAGCACCCCCUCAGCAAGUUCCACAACCCCCACCACCACAGCAAGCCCAAGGCCCAGCCCCUAUUCCACCACCCCCUACUACAGUCCCCUCAAAUGGCCCUGGCACCACACCACCGCCGCAGCCACGACCGCAACAACAACCACAAUUUUCACAGCAACCUUCACAGCCACACCAGCAAACGCCAUCGCAACAAUUUUCACAAGUCCCUACUCGUGCCCCUGAGCCAUCAGCCGGCAAUGUACGUAUCAAAACAGAGGGGGGCUACCAGCCCACAAUACAAGGUCAACCCCCAGUAAAUCCAUCAACUCUCGCGCAGCAACGUGCUGCGAAUGCGUUACAUCAGAGGUAUGGAGCAGCUGCGGCGAACCAGGUACACCAGCUACAGGCCCAGUCCCAGGCUGCUGCUCUUUCACUUCCAGGAGCCCAGAAGGUUCCUAAUAGGCCAGGUCCGUUUCCUCAGGACCAAAAGCCACCACUACAACAGCCUCAGCAAUAUCAAAAUCCAGCCCAGCAACAGCCCCUUCAGCAGCUUCAGCAGCUUCAGCACCAGCAGAGACCCCAGGUGAACAACUCCCAAACCGAUGGUUCCAGUGAUUCAUUACAAGAAUGGAAAGCAGAAGUCGCGCGCAGAAGAGAAGCUGCUGAAAAAUGCAACAAGAACAACAGCGGCGGCGACGACCAUUUUAUCCGCUCGUAUGUAGAAUCCAGAGGCCUACAGUUGGAAGCUGGUGGCCUACUGGUGCCCCUGAACGAACAGCCAAGCAUUGCCAAGGGAACGAAAAGAAAGGCACAUAUGAUGAAUGACCCCUCGUCUUCAACUUCUCCCGCAAUGCCCUCCACUUCCUCGAAUAGUAGUGUUGCUACAUCAUCCGCGCUAGCCCAGUAUGAUGGAGUGGACAACUACAAUGGAAACACGGGGCGGGAGGAGGCAGAUGAAGACGCCAUCAACUCCGAUCUGGACGACUCGGAAGACAUGCUUGAUGACUCCAACGACGGUGAUGAUGCGGUUGGCCAAGUUAUGCUUUGCACAUAUGACAAAGUCCAGCGCGUCAAGAGUAAAUGGAAAUGCACACUGAAGGAUGGGAUUCUUACCUCUGGUGGUAAAGAGUGA